GUUUCUCAAGUCGUCAAUCCAGGAAAUAAACACGUGUGAACAAGAUAGACCACUCUUUCCUGUAUGCAGAGCCGCUGGUAGUUUACCGUCGGUGUGUAAUCGGCGCAAAUAGCGUCAAUCAGUGUCGCAGAUCUUUGUCCACAUUCAACAGCUUCCAUGUAAACUCCAGCUGAGAUCAUGUCAGUCAUUGUCAGUGUGUGAAAUCACAUGGAGGUGCUCUUGUGCUCACAUGACAGUCAGAGCCAUGGCAGGAGAGAUCAAUGAAGGCUCAGUUCCUGCCUAUUACAGGGAAGUGUACGAGGCCAUCCGUUGUAGGACGGAUGAAAGAGUGCAGGUUGAAGUGUUUCAGCGGCUGCUUCAGAGGGCUAAUCUCUCCAAGGCAGCUUUAGGAAAGAUUGCUGAGCACGUUGAGUCCACAGAUGGAUUCCUGACCAAGUUGUCCCUCUAUAAAGCACUUGCUUUGAUUGCUCUUGCUCAGCAAGGAAAGCAACCAAGCCCAAAACUCUUGGAAAACUGCAUACAAGAGUUACCAAAACCUCAGCUUGGAGAGCCCAGUGACCUGAGCACACUGAGGAUGCAGCCAGCUCAGGAAGACGUGCUGACGCUGUCUGAGACCCUGGAUCGGCUGUUGGCCAGAGACACGGUCCAGGUGGAACUCAUUCCUGAAAAGAAGGGACUAUUCCUCAAACAUGUGGAGUACCAGGUCACCAGCCAGCAUUAUAAAAUAUCAGUUUAUCGACGCUACAGUGAUUUUGACGUCUUCCAUGAGGUUUUGCUGCAGAGAUAUGCCUACAGAAUGGUACCAGCUCUACCACCUAAAAGGAUGUUAAAGGGAGUCCUGACCUCCGUCUCUGAGCGGGAGUUUAUUGAGGGAAGGAGGCGUGCUCUGGCCAGGUUUAUCAACUUGGUGGCGCGGCAUCCCUUCUUCUCACAAGACGAGCUGGUCAAGACCUUCCUCACCUUCAGCGGCUCCGAUGUUCAGACCAAACUGCGUGAUACUUACAAGAAAACCGGUGAUGAGUUCAUGACUAACAGAACUGCAACCCUGGCAAAGGAGUAUCUUCCCACUGACAUCCAGGCUCAGUUCUCAUCAAGCCGAGAACUGAUUAGAAACAUCCACAACAGCUUCCACAAGCUGCGGGACAGAGCAGAGAAAAUGGCAGAGCGCUCUAAGGAGAAUGCGACUGAUCUCCUCAUGUUUGGAAGAGAACUCAGUAGUCUGGGCUCAGAUGCUUCGUCUAUUCCCUCCUUUGCGUCGUCACAAAGCACCUGGGGGGCCAUGCGUCAAUCCCUGAAGAGUUUGUCUGUGGAGUUUGCGGUGCUGUCUGACAAAGCUGCUCAGCAGGGCAGACGGGAAGAAGAUGAUGUUGUGGAAAAGCUGAAUGUUUUCCUGGAUCUGCUGCAGUCAUACCGAGACCUGUGUGAGCGCCAUGAGAAGGGCGUUCUUCACGAGCACCAGAGAGCGCUGCAUAAGUACGGAGUGAUGAAGAGGCAGAUGAUGAGCGCCACUGUGCAGCCCAAAGAACAGGCAUCUGUGGAGCAGCUGGAGUCUCGAAUAGUUCAGCAAGAAAAUGCCAUUCAGACUAUGGAGCUGCGCAACUACUUCUCACUGUUCUGCCUUCAUCAAGAGACACAGCUUAUCUUCACCUACCUGCCAAUCACAUCCCAUAUUCUUGGUGCUUUUGUUAACUCACAGGUCCAAGGACACAGAGAGAUGGGGGAGGUGUGGAAUGAACUCCAGCCGAAGCUCGGAUGUCUCUUUAGCGGAAACAACGGAAUGAAAUCAGCAUUCUGAAAAGUAAAGAAACGAAGACAGAAGCACUGCGACUAAGGGGAAUACAGAAUGAACUUUCACUCAUCUGAAAAAUCUAGUAUUACUCUUUACAUUCCAUGCAGUUGUAACAUAAGUGACCUUUGUACUUUCUGUAUUUGAUCUUCGACUGAUCAUCAGCAUCUGAAACUGGAAGAGACAAUGGACCAUAAAGACACUGUGCUUAUAAAUCUGUAUUUUCACACUCUGAUCGAUUGUUUCAACUUUCUCAACUGCCAACAAGCAAAGUAAAUCCUCAAAUGUAUUAUUUUUAAGGGACAAUUCAGCACAAAACAAAAGGAAGAUGACAUGCCAACUAAUUAUUAUUAUUUUUUUUAUAACUUAAACUUGUAAGAUGCUAUAUACACUAAACAGCUGACACAAAAAAAGAAAUGGAUGGGAAUACUUUUAAUGUCCAGUCGGUUUUAUCUUGAAAUAACUUUAGACCAAUGUAUUUUUAUACAGAUUUUAGUGUAUGAUGAUAUGUAGUAGCAUACUUUAUAUUUUUAUGGACAUUACUGUUCUGCUUGACGUUAAAGCAUGUUUACUUCCAUUCAGAGCUUCCCCUAGUUAAAGUGUCUGAAAUACUGCUAGAUUUGUUUUAUAAGCUGUAUUGAAAUGCUGAAGCUCAAACUGUAGGAUACUACAACGGUUGACAAAAACAAUUACAACACUAUAAGCUAUUGAUUUACUACCAAAGAUAGAUUAUUACAUUAAAUACACACAUGUGCAAUAAAUCACAAGUUUCCUACAGUUUCAAAUCAGAACUUCCCCAAUUAUUAUAUUAUUUAAAGUUCUCAAUUUAAGGCCUUGUCACUCACAUCAGCAGUUGAAACUUGCUGUGAAAUAUAAUUUAAGAAAAAAAAAAAGUGUGCAGUUGUGAUUAGAGCAAAUGACACUUCGAUAUUUUUGACUUUUUUUUUUUUUUUAGACAUUUGGGAAUGAAAAUGAUGCACAUUUAUAUCUUUGCACAUAUGCUUUAUCAGAACAUAAUAUAUUUUUUACAACAUUUUAACAGAUUUACACAAGUGUUGAAGUCAAAUGAGGAUAUUUGCACACGUUUCUCAACAAAUAUUUAAUGAAGAAACUGUACAUACAAUAUAAAAUGUGUUUGGACAAAAAAAAAAAAAAAGAAAAAAAGUAUUAAGAAUCACAUUAAAGUGCACAGUGUAUUAAACCCAAUAA